AUGUUAAAGGCGUGUCGACUAGAAAUGUCGCUUUAUAAUUUUAGAAACGCGCUCUUCAACAACGAGCAGCGGGAAAAAGGAAAUAAAAAAAUUAGAAAACCCACCUUCCUUCCUUGUUUCCCCUCUUUAGCUCUGGGUGUGUUCUUUGACCACAAAAAUAUUCUCCGGUCUUCCUCCGCCUCCCUACAUCGAGUGUUGCUUGCUUCUUUCCCUUGCACUCCGAUCGCCACCACCGAUUCUUCCCCGUCAAGGCUCAUUUACUUCUACCCACAGGAACCACCAUAUCUCCCACUCGAUGUUGAAAUUGUCAGAAAAAGCCCAAAUUCAGGGGGCGCUCCGGCGGUCUCCUUGGUUGUUAUUACUUGUCGCCAACAGAUUACACGUAGGGAGGGGACUCAAUUAGUCCGAUGGAGCAGGGCAGGUAGCGCCUGGUUCUUGUCUGAUUUUGAUGAAAUAAACGGAGGGGGGAAAGGUUUGGGUGGAGGUCUGAUCGAUGAAAAUAGUGGGAGCCUCUUGGUCUUGUCAGAUGCUACUCCAUCUCCAGUGGUUGUUGAGAACGAAGGGGAGGACCUUUGGGGUUUGGAUAGAUCAAAGGAAGAAGAAGAAGGAAGUUGUGGUGGUCUUCGAACAACAACUGAGCCAGAGCCACCUUUGAUUCAAGGAGUGGGUUCAAGAACCAGGGUUCGAUUUCAGCUACCUGGUGAGAAACAGCUCAUGGAAGAAUCUGAUCAGCUUUUGCAAGGAUUGGGUCCAAGGUUUCAGCCUGUUGGAAGUUGGAUUUCACUGAAGAUUUUUAAGAAAAAAAGGAUUUUGCAGGGUUACAUGGUGGGAAUUAAGCUAGAUUGGAGAGGCAAUGUUAAUGGAGGGCUAAUCGAAUGGGGUAACACCUUGAUUCAAUCAAAACUUGUCCCGGUCGUCUAUGGGAUCUCAGUCGUAACUACCUCAAUGGAACUUUACCUCCCCCAAUGGGCUACUAUGCGUUUGGUUGACCUCUCUCUCAUGGUAAACAAAUUAUCCGGCCCAUUUCCAAGAGUUCUCAGCAGAAUAACUACCCUUGUUCCUUUAACUGCUGUUACAUCAAUCAUCGAUGGCUUAAAGAAGCUCUACAUCCAGAAGCUGAAACCUUUAGAAGUCACAUAUUGGGGACCAGAUUGUGACCCCCCGAAUCCCAUAUUUUUCUACCCUAUUAUAUCCCAGGAAAGGUCAAAUGGCUCAAUGCCUUGUUGGUGUAGAUCUACAUGGGGCACUUAUUCUAGGUUAAAACUCACUGCACCCUUUGCACGAUGCAAAAUGGCUGGUUUCACUGGAGUGAGUGGGAUCAUGAUUCGUGAAACUGUAGAGACAAGUAUUGCUAUGUUUAUUUGUUUUCAGAGGUCAAGUAUUGCUAUCAUCUCACAUUUGAGUUUAUAG